UUGGAAAUAUUUUGCCAUUUUGGAUUUUUGUUAUUGUAGGUAUGCAAGAGGAUUUAACGUAGUCAAAGUAAACUAGACAAGAUCAUCUAUCGUAUAUGAUGUCCAAGAUUGUGAAUGAACUGUUAAUUUAUUGCCGAUUGUUUUAGUUGCAGUCGUCAGUAUAUUGAGGAUCUCAAUUUUAGGAGAAACUACACAAUGAAAAUACGACUUUUCCGCCUGGAACUGAAGAAUGCAGUAAAACAACAUCGUUUGUGUAUAUUAGUACUUCUCUGCAGUUUGGCUGCUUGGAUCCUGCUUAACAGAUCGGAAGAAAUACCAUUUCGUUCACCAAAUAUUGCAUGUGUCAAAUUCAAAGGUAGACUCGGGAAUCAAAUGCUACAAUACGCCUUUCUUCAUACAGUGGCUAAGAUAAAGUUUCUUACUCCUGUCAUCCCGGAAAACUUUGAACUCUUGGAUAAAUUUUAUAUCUAUGAUAAGACACCGCCAGAUAUUAAGGACAGAAGAGCAGUUUGCUCAAGACUACCCCUCCUUGUUGAGCGCUGGGGACUCUCUUUCGAUGAGGAUCUUUUGAGCGUUCCUUCUUGUGAGAGUGUUCAAUAUGACGGAUAUUAUCAGUCAUGGAAAUACUGGAUAAAAUAUGAAGAGGAAAUUCGUGACUUGUUUACAUUUAAGAAUUCCAUCAAGGAAAAGGCAUUGUCCCAAUUCCAAAACAUUAUGCUCAUUAUGAACUUUGACAUCAAGAAGAAAGGUAACGUCGUUGUGAGUAUACAUAUAAGAAGAGGUGACUACGCAACGGAGGGGCAUUUGAAAUACGGGAAAAUCACACCCAAUGAAACUUAUUAUCUCAAUGCAAUGAAAUAUUUCAGAGAUAAAUUUGAAAAUGUUUUAUUUAUUGUGGGUUCUAAUGACAUAGAAUGGUCGAAAAAGGCUUUGGGCAGAGAACGUAAUGUCUAUUUCUCCACUGGACUUUCUGCCGCUGAGGAUAUGGCUUUGUUAUCCCUGGCCAAUCACACCAUCAUGUCUGUCGGAUCCUAUGGUUGGUGGAUAGGCUGGAUGGCGAGGGGAAUAACUGUGUAUUAUAAGCAUAUAUUUGUUCCUGGAUCUGAAUUUUCUAGAGAAUUUAGGAAUAAUUCUAUAGAGGAUUUCGUUUAUCCAGGAUGGAUUCCGAUGGAUGAAUCAUGUAAAUGAUGGAUUUAUUUUUAAAAAUUUUUAAUGUCUCAAAUGUAUUUUAAAUGUCUUUGAUUGUUGCAUGGAAAGAAUGGACGAGUACCCCCCCCCCCAAAAAAAAAUAAAGCCUUUUAUAAAGACCAAAAAAAGGUUCCUCUAAAAAUAAAGGCUAGCAAGUUUGGGGAAUGGGAAAUGGUAGUGAGGAAGUAAUUUUUUUUUAAAUCAUGCAUUUUUCGGAGGGGGGUAUUGACCCUUUACUAUGCAAAGCUUUUACAAUCUUUAUUUUUUUUUUCAGGAUCAUAUAUAUGAAAUAGAUUUGUUUGUUCUACUUCCUUAAUUGAUUAUUAUAACACUUUACCUAAGAAUUGCGUAAUUUUUUUCCUUGAAAUCGAAAAUCACAGCACUAGAACUUUCCCAGCUCCUUUUUUUAUUAUAUAAACUUUUGUUAUGGUGGCAUAUUUAUGCCCCCUACAUGCAAGAUAAAUUGUGUUAACAUGCAACGUAAUAAUUAUGCAGGCAUGCAACUUGUAAAUAUUAAUAUGCACGUUCAUUAUGUCAUCAUGCGAGAUAUGCAUGUUGUCAUGCAACUUAUUAUCUUGCAUGUUGAUUUAAUUAAUUUGCAUAUUAAAAUAUAACUUGCAUGCUGAGAUAAAUAUAGGUCGCAUGUUGACAUAAAUAAAUUGCAUGUUAAUAUUGACAUAAAUAUCUUGCACGUUCACAUAAUUAUCUUGCAUGUUAAUACAAAUAAGUUGCAUGUGAACAUAAAUUUUGUUGCAUCUUGCAUGUUUGAUGUCAAAUAAUGUAAUAAUAAGUAAAUUUUAUAGUUAUUUUACCCAUAGUAGAAUUAUAUUCUCGACUAAAAUAAUAAUCUUGCAUGUAGACAUAAUUAUCUUGCAUGUUGACACAUUUUUUUUCUUGCAUGUUAACAAAAUUUAUUUCGCAUAUACAGGGGGCAGAAAUAUGCCACAAUAUUUUGUGUACCCAACCCUUGCUUUUAUUAUAUAAAAUAUUUUGUAACUUUUUUUUUAAUUACCC